AUGCUUAAUUAUCGUGGAAGUAAGUGCUUGUUACCAUUGAGUGGAGAGUGCAGCAAGUGCGGGUCGUCCUCGGGUGUCAGAGCCCUGAUUUGUAGACAAUGCCGCCCUGUCAGCUCAGUGCUGGUUCAGCAGCAUCUUUCCAAACAUGUAUUUGGCAAGAAUUUAAAGGCCACCUCUUGUGUAAUUUGUGGAGUCUUGGAAAAGGAGCCUCUGCCUUUCUUUUCACAGUGUACGCAACCAUGCAGAAUUUUAUACUCAGAAUCUGUGCCUCCUGCCUCCUGCCUGACGUGCUCAUGAGGAAGUUCGUUUCCAUGCCUGUCACCUGGAAGGAUGCUAACAGUUCUCUGUAAUCUGUUGGGGAUAUGGAGAGGGCCACCCAGAGCUGUGUUUUGUUUCUGCCGUCUUCAUAAAUUAGCACUGAUGGGGUGGAGUAGGUUGUACUGCAUAAGGAAAUGCAGGCAUUUUGUUCAUUAGUGAGAUACUUCUAGCUUUUAAGAGUAGAAGAAACUAAAGAAAGCUUGAGAAGAGGUGGUGGUGAUUGCUGGAUUCAUUCUGCAAUAUCCUCGACUCGAGAAAGCAUGGGAUUAUGGCACCCACAGAAUCUCAGUAAUACAAGUUCCAUUCAGUUUUUUCUGAAAGAAAGCCCUCUGUUAAAGUGAAGCAAAGAAACUGUUGUGGAUUAUAACCUUUAGAAGUUCCAAAUUUUCAGUUGUUUACAAAUGAAGCAUCAUUUAACCUUUUAAAUGAAAAAGACUAAGAUCUCUCGCAACCGUCGUAUUUUCUGGAAGCCAUUCUCCAAAAGGGAAGUGUGCACAUUUAAAACACAGAUAUGAUGGUCCUUUCUGCAGGGAUUUAAGUCUGCUUGCUUUUACAUCAUGACCAGCUUGAAACGGUCACAGACAGAAAGGCCUCUUGCCACUGACAGGACCUCUGUUGUUGGCACAGAUGGCACCCCCAAAGUCCACACUGAUGAUUUCUACAUGCGGCGUUUCCGGUCCCAAAAUGGCAGCUUAGGAUCAUCAGUUAUGGCUCCUGUAGGACCUCCCCGAAGUGAAGGUUCUCACCAUAUAACCUCAACCCCCGGAGUCCCAAAGAUGGGGGUAAGGGCAAGGAUUGCAGAUUGGCCCCCAAGAAAGGAAAACAUAAAAGAAUCUAGCCGUUCAAGCCAGGAAAUAGAAACCUCAAGUUGCCUUGAUAGCCUGUCCUCCAAAAGCAGUCCUGUGAGUCAGGGAAGUUCUGUUAGCCUCAAUUCCAAUGACUCAGCCAUGCUGAAAAGCAUACAGAACACGCUGAAAAACAAGACAAGACCAUCGGAGAACAUGGACUCCAGAUUUCUCAUGCCUGAAGCCUACCCCACCUCCCCCAGAAAAGCUCUUCGCAGAAUACGGCAGCGAAGCAACAGUGAUAUCACCAUAAGUGAACUUGAUGUGGAUAGCUUUGAUGAAUGUAUCUCACCUACAUACAAGACUGGACCAUCCCUGCACAGGGAAUAUGGUAGCACAUCUUCCAUUGAUAAACAGGGAACGUCCGGAGAAAGCUUUUUUGAUUUGUUAAAGGGCUACAAAGAUGACAAAUCUGAUCGAGGUCCAACUCCAACCAAGCUCAGUGACUUUCUCAUUACUGGUGGUGGCAAGGGUUCUGGUUUCUCUUUGGACGUUAUAGACGGGCCUAUCUCACAGAGAGAGAACCUCAGGCUUUUUAAGGAAAGGGAAAAACCACUCAAGCGACGUUCAAAAUCUGAAACUGGAGACUCAUCUAUUUUUCGUAAAUUGCGCAAUGCCAAAGGUGAAGAACUUGGGAAGUCAUCAGAUCUUGAAGAUAACCGAUCAGAAGACUCUGUCAGGCCCUGGACGUGUCCAAAGUGCUUUGCCCACUAUGAUGUCCAGAGUAUACUAUUUGAUUUGAAUGAGGCUAUUAUGAACAGGCACAAUGUGAUUAAGAGGAGAAACACCACCACUGGAGCUUCCGCAGCUGCCGUGGCAUCCUUGGUCUCUGGCCCUCUGUCUCAUUCAGCCAGUUUUAGCUCCCCAAUGGGCAGCACGGAGGACCUGAAUUCCAAAGGAAGCCUCAGCAUGGACCAGGGAGAUGAUAAAAGCAAUGAGCUUGUAAUGAGCUGUCCAUAUUUUCGGAAUGAGAUAGGUGGAGAAGGGGAGAGGAAAAUCAGCCUUUCAAAAUCAAAUUCUGGCUCCUUUAGUGGAUGUGAAAGUGCCUCCUUUGAGUCUACCCUUAGUUCCCAUUGCACAAAUGCAGGAGUGGCAGUACUUGAAGUGCCCAAGGAGAACUUGGUGUUGCACCUAGAUAGAGUGAAAAGAUACAUCGUGGAACACGUGGACCUGGGUGCAUACUAUUAUAGAAAAUUUUUCUACCAGAAGGAACAUUGGAACUAUUUUGGAGCUGAUGAGAAUCUUGGUCCAGUGGCUGUGAGCAUUCGAAGGGAAAAACCAGAAGAAAUGAAAGAAAAUGGAUCUCCAUACAACUACCGAAUAAUUUUUAGAACUAGUGAGCUCAUGACAUUGAGAGGUUCAGUCCUGGAGGAUGCCAUUCCUUCGACAGCCAAGCACUCGACGGCCAGAGGGCUGCCUCUUAAAGAAGUGCUGGAGCACGUGGUUCCUGAGCUCAAUGUCCAGUGCCUGCGAUUGGCCUUCAACACGCCCAAGGUCACAGAGCAGCUCAUGAAACUGGAUGAACAAGGGCUGAACUACCAGCAGAAAGUAGGCAUCAUGUACUGCAAAGCUGGACAGAGCACUGAAGAAGAGAUGUACAACAAUGAGUCAGCUGGCCCAGCCUUUGAAGAAUUCCUUCAACUAUUGGGAGAGCGAGUUCGGCUCAAAGGAUUUGAGAAGUAUCGCGCACAGCUUGAUACCAAAACUGACUCCACUGGAACCCAUUCUCUGUACACAACAUACAAAGAUUAUGAAAUUAUGUUCCAUGUUUCUACCAUGCUGCCAUACACACCCAACAACAAGCAACAGCUCCUAAGGAAGCGGCACAUUGGAAAUGAUAUUGUAACAAUCGUUUUCCAAGAGCCUGGAGCACAGCCGUUCAGCCCAAAAAACAUCCGAUCCCACUUCCAGCACGUUUUUGUCAUCGUCAGGGUGCACAAUCCCUGCUCUGACGGUGUCUGUUACAGUGUGGCUGUUACCAGGUCCAGAGAUGUGCCUUCCUUUGGGCCUCCUAUUCCUAAAGGGGUCACUUUCCCUAAGUCAAAUGUGUUCAGGGACUUCCUUUUGGCCAAAGUGAUAAAUGCAGAAAAUGCUGCUCAUAAAUCAGAGAAGUUCCGGGCCAUGGCAACUCGGACCCGCCAGGAAUACCUGAAAGAUCUGGCAGAAAAGAAUGUCACCAACACCCCUAUCGACCCUUCUGGCAAGUUUCCAUUCAUCUCUCUGGCUUCCAAGAAGAAGGAAAAGUCUAAGCCAUACCCAGGAGCUGAGCUCAGCAGUAUGGGGGCCAUUGUGUGGGUAGUCCGGGCUAAAGACUACACCAAGGCCAUGGAACUAGACUGCCUUUUAGGGAUCUCCAAUGAGUUCAUUGUGCUCAUUGAACAGGAAACAAAGAGCGUGGUCUUCAAUUGUUCCUGUAGAGAUGUGAUAGGGUGGACUUCCACUGACACCAGCCUCAAAAUCUUCUAUGAACGAGGAGAAUGUGUUUCAGUGGAGAGUUUUAUUAACAACGAGGAGAUCAAAGAGAUUGUCAAAAGGUUGCAGUUUGUUUCAAAAGGCUGUGAAUCAGUGGAGAUGACUCUGCGAAGAAAUGGCCUAGGACAGCUUGGCUUCCACGUCAACUAUGAGGGCAUCGUGGCGGAUGUGGAGCCCUAUGGUUAUGCCUGGCAGGCAGGGCUGAGGCAGGGCAGUCGCCUGGUGGAGAUCUGCAAGGUGGCUGUAGCCACUCUUAGCCAUGAGCAGAUGAUCGAUCUCCUGAGAACAUCUGUCACGGUGAAGGUUGUCAUCAUUCCUCCCCAUGAUGACUGCACCCCACGGAGGAGCUGCUCCGAAACCUACCGCAUGCCAGUUAUGGAGUACAAAAUGAACGAAGGUGUUUCAUACGAGUUCAAGUUUCCCUUCCGAAAUAAUAACAAAUGGCAGAGGAAUGCCAACAAGGGGCCUCAUUCACCUCAAGUCCCAUCCCAGGUGCAGAGUCCCAUGACCUCACGGCUGAAUGCUGGAAAAGGAGAUGGGAAGAUACCUCCUCCAGAAAGAGCCGCCAACAUCCCUCGAAGCAUCUCCAGUGACGGGCGCCCACUAGAGAGGCGGCUGUCUCCUGGUUCGGACAUCUAUGUGACGGUCUCAUCCAUGGCUUUAGCAAGAUCCCAGUGUCGGAACUCUCCUAGCAACCUGUCUUCAUCCAGUGAUACGGGCUCUGUGGGGGGCACCUACAGGCAGAAGUCCAUGCCUGAAGGGUUUGGAGUGAGCCGCAGAUCCCCGGCCUCCAUUGACAGGCAGAACACCCAAUCAGAUAUCGGUGGCAGCGGAAAAUCAAUACCUAGCUGGCAAAGAAGUGAGGAUAGCAUUGCUGACCAGAUGGCUUACAGUUAUAGAGGACCUCAGGAUUUCAAUUCUUUUGUCCUCGAGCAGCAUGAAUAUACAGAGCCAACAUGCCAUCUCCCAGCAGUAUCAAAGGUACUGCCAGCUUUCCGAGAGAGCCCCAGUGGGAGAUUAAUGCGGCAGGAUCCAGUGGUUCAUUUGUCUCCAAACAAACAAGGGCAUUCUGAUAGCCACUACUCGAGCCACUCCAGUAGCAAUACUCUCUCCAGCAAUGCGUCGAGUGCCCAUAGUGAUGAGAAGUGGUACGAUGGGGACCGCACGGAAUCCGAACUCAACAGCUAUAACUAUCUGCAAGGCACCUCUGCUGACAGUGGCAUUGACACCACCUCUUAUGGCCCCAGCCACGGCAGCACAGCCUCCCUGGGGGCUGCCACAUCGUCACCUCGCUCAGGGCCAGGCAAGGAGAAAGUGCCACCCCUGUGGCACAGCUCCAGUGAAGUAAUCUCCAUGGCAGAUCGGACUUUGGAGACAGAGAGCCACGGCCUAGACCGGAAAACAGAGUCUUCCCUGAGCUUAGACAUACACAGCAAGAGCCAAGCUGGCUCGAGCCCUCUGACAAGGGAGAACAGCACCUUCAGUAUAAAUGAUGCUGCUUCCCACACAAGUACCAUGAGCUCCCGACACUCUGCCAGCCCAGUGGUUUUCACCAGUGCCCGCAGUUCACCUAAAGAAGAGCUUCAUCCAGCCGCCUCCUCGCAGCUCGCACCGUCCUUCUCCUCCUCCUCCUCCUCCUCCUCUGGUCCUAGAAGUUUUUACCCUCGCCAGGGCGCUACUAGCAAGUACCUAAUUGGAUGGAAAAAACCUGAAGGAACCAUAAACUCUGUGGGAUUUAUGGACACGAGAAAGCGUCACCAGAGUGAUGGCAAUGAAAUAGCCCAUACCAGGCUGCGUGCCUCAACCAGAGACCUCCGGGCAUCUCCUAAGCCAACCUCCAAGUCCACCAUUGAAGAAGAUCUAAAGAAACUGAUCGACCUUGAAAGCCCAACUCCUGAAUCACAGAAGAAUUUUAAGUUCCACGCACUCUCCUCUCCUCAGUCUCCUUUCCCCAGCACCCCCACCUCGCGGCGGGCCUUGCACAGAACACUGUCGGACGAGAGCAUUUACAGUGGCCAGAGGGAGCACUUUUUCACCUCGAGGGCUUCACUUCUGGACCAAGCCUUGCCCAACGACGUCCUCUUCAGUAGCACGUACCCUUCUCUCCCCAAGUCUCUCCCGUUGAGAAGGCCUUCUUACACCUUAGGAAUGAAGUCGUUGCAUGGGGAAUUUUCGGCCUCAGACAGCUCCCUCACCGACAUCCAGGAGACACGCAGGCAGCCUAUGCCGGACCCUGGCCUGAUGCCCCUGCCUGAUGCUGCUGCCGACUUGGAUUGGUCCAACCUGGUAGAUGCUGCCAAAGCCUAUGAGGGUGAGUCCACUGAAUCCAACAGGGCGGUCCAGGAUCCUCACCGCCCCUUUUCCACCACGUCUCCUCCUCAAAUUAAAAAAAAACAGCCAUGGAGGCCCCUGCCAACAUGGUCUUUGUUUGUUGUUCCUAGCAGUAAAGACUCCUCUCCCACUCUGGCUUCUAAAGUGGACCAGCUGGAAGGUAUGCUGAAGAUGCUUCGGGAAGAUUUGAAGAAGGAAAAAGAAGACAAAGCACACCUUCAGGCGGAAGUGCAGCACCUGCGAGAGGACAACUUGAGGCUGCAGGAGGAGUCCCAGAACGCCUCGGACAAGCUGAAGAAGUUCACGGAAUGGGUCUUCAACACCAUAGACAUGAGCUAGGGAAGGCUGAGGAGGACAGGAGAAGGGCCCGGACACUCCUCCAGCCCGUGUCCUGCAGCCCUGAUCCCACCAUAGAAAGCAUCCUCAGAGCACCUUCCCCAGCAUCCUACUCCGCCCCCUUUCAGGGAGUGCACAACACAACAGUUGCAGAUCAACAAUCAUCACCUGCCUUUUGUAGAAAAGAAAAAAAAAAGUAAAUAAAAAUUUUAAAAAGUAAAAUAAAAGUUUAACUGCUAAAAUGUGAAUGUCUUUAUUUUUUUGCACAAUAUCUUUAUCUGUUAUGUAUUUAAGAAGAAACUGGGCCUUGGACCAGGGUGCUCCCUGGCCCAUCUGCCUCUAUUCCCAUCUGCUUUCUUAUCAAUUUCAGGUAACCCAGGCUUUCCCUUGUUAUCCUAACAAAUGUCAUUUUUCCUAGAAAAAGAAUGUUUUUUUAACUUGUUUGGGGAGUAGAGAGGAAUAUUUCCUUACCUUCUUCCCUAAAAUGCCUGGAGAGGGAGUUGCUUUGAGAAAAUGCCUACCUCCCUUGAAUGACUCGUGCAUGAGCUAGUGCUGUUUGUAUCUGUCCUCCAGAGAUCAGCAGGAUUGGGGUUAGUAUCAGCAAGUCAGUAAACCAGAGCAGCUCUGACAGUGCCUGCAGGCCACACCCCUUGCCAGUCCCACAUUGUGAGGUCACUUCCUGCUUCUCCCGGGGAGAUGGUCCCACUUUUGCUGCAGAACUCUCUUUAUGUUUGGCUUAAUUGAGCCCCACUAAAUUGGAAUCAACCUCUCUGCAGCUUCCUGGCUCCAAACAUUAAUUGAUUUCAGAAUUCCCCACAAAUUAAAAACUUAUUAUCUGUAUGCAUUUUGAAUGAAUUUUGGUCAAAACUAUGAUGUCGUUUUAAAGAUAAAAAUGUGAUGCAAUUGGUUUUCUAGCUUGCUCAAAAUGACCAUAUCACUAAAUUAAUCUUUCUUUCUAGAGCAAGACUUCACCAGUAUUUGUAACUAGGAAAAGCUAACAGUGAAUGUUUACUUGUGAAUUUUAAUCCUUGCUUGUUAGGAGCAAUGACUGUGAUAGUAGAAUGGGCUUUUGAAAUCUGCAUGUCCCAGUGUGAAAUUUCAGCACGGCAUUUUCUGCAUCCUUUUGUGGGCAUCCAAAGGAUUCUGCUGCAGAAAUUAUUGAUGUGCUAUUUUUCCUGUCUUGUGAUGCAGGCUGCUUCAGGCCCCUGGGUCACUGUUCCAAGGCCCUCACUGCUGUAGAGCACAAAGACAUGGGGCUGACCAGUGCUGACUGACCUGAGGAGACCCCUUUGUUUGUUGCCUUCAUAACUGUCACUAAACUGACCCCUCUGCCCUUUCAGUGGCAACUCUGGUCUAAGGGAACACUCAGCACUCUAGCGGCAUCUGCUUGGAAGUUCCCUCCCUCAAGUAAUCUCAAUUCCUUCCUCUCUCCAUCCCUGAAAGAAACAGGAUGGAUUUUCCUCUCUUCUCCCCGCUACAUCCACUACCGGAUUUUUAUGCUAGUUUCAUUAUUGAUUGUGAUUUCUCCAUGGGUUUGUUUUUUUUUCUUCUGGUGACAUUUCUAUCAUGGAAAUAGGAAGAUUUCGGAGUGCUUUGUAAAGAUUUCAAUUGUCUGUCUCUUUCUCUCUUUGACUUGUAUGAAGGAGAUUGUACAUUGCCUGAUAUCUCUUUGUAAAUGAGAAAUAUUGCUAACAUCCAAGCAUUCUGAAGUCUUGCUUAUCCUUCUGAGUUUAGUUCUCAUUUUGUUUUACAUUUUGUUUGGGGACUUGGGGCAAGCUAUUUAUUAGAGUUUUGCAACAGAGUUCUUGUUUGAAGCCUCUAAAGACUACUUGUAAAAUUCAAACAAUAAAAUUCAUUUUAAACGCUCUUUUAAAA